AUGACAGCGGCCAGAUUCAACUCGGGCAGAGGACUUCGGGGCUCCGCGCCGAGUCGAGUGAGCGGCGCGCUACGCAAUGUGCCUUGUGCACUGGGAGACUUUGCCCGGCCGGAGUCAGCUGAGGCCGAGUCACCGGACCCCUCCCGGCCGCCGCCCCGCGUCAGCCCGCCGCCGGCCGGGCCGGGUUUCGAACCUGCGGAGCCAGACGUAAGCGGUCGGCAGGCAGCCGGCAAGCCUGGCCCGAGGCCGGCGCGCACCGCCGGGCCCGGCACCCCGGCCCGCGAGGGGCGUGCCGGGUGGGAGGGGCGCGCCGGCCGCUCUGCCGGCCCCACGCGGGGACCCCGGCCCGCCGCCGGCGGCCCGCGGGAGGACGCGCCGGCCAGGCCCGAGAGAGCGAGCCGGCGGGCGGGCCGAGGGCGGGCGGGAGACGGAACAAAAGCGCCUUUGUUGAGCGACGGCCGCCGGAGGGUCACACACAAUGGAGGAGAGAGCCGGCUCAGCCGCCGGGCCCGCCGCGGCGCCCUCCUGAGCCGCCCCGCCGGCGCGCCCCGCACACGCACACACAUAUACCUACCGGACUUCUCCGACUCAUCGAGGGAGUGCAGGGCCCACAGACAGCCCCCAGUGUCGGCUCAGGUCUCCGGCUGUGCUGGCGGCAGCGGCGUCUCCGAGGCUCUCGCUUUGCCGCAGUCGCCGCCAUGUAACCCCGACCCGCGAGAGAGGGCGAGGAAGAGGGGGCGGAGGCUCUGGAGCCACGCCCCCGGACGUCACAGGCUCACUCCACGGGUUCCCCCGCCCCCGCCCGGCCCAGCGCGCCGGCACGCGCCGGAAUUUCCAACGCCCGUGACUGGGCUCCGCGCGCCGCGGGGGCGGCAAGAGAAGAACGCGGGCUUGUCCCCCGCCUCCGGUUGGAUGCGCUGGGCUGGGCUAGGGAGCUGGCAAGGAGGUGAACAGACAGGCUCUCUUCGCUCUGCUACUUGCCCCAGCGUUAGAGCACAUGGUGGCAAACUCUUUGUGAGCGUUUACUGCACACCUACUACGUGCAUGGGACUGGACGGCCUAGAGGAGCGAGACUGCCCCAUCCCCUGGGAAUUAGGAAGCUGGACCCGAAAAUGGAUGGGCUAGAAAGCAACAGCCAAGGAAGAAGGCAAACGCGUUAAAGGUCAAGCGCUAAGGCAGGCUUCUAAAUGAGGUUGCCACCGCUGACCUUUCAGCUAAAUGAGAAGGAGCCCUUGAAACUAGAGGAGGUGGCCUGGCGGAGGAGGGGCGCUGUUCCUGCGGAGGGAACAGAAUGAGCCACAACGUGGAGGAGGGGAGCACCUGGCUUGUUGCAGGAACUGGGACUAAGCCAGUCUGAGGGAAGCGUAGAAUUUGGACCAGAGUGUACAGCGAGGGCAGUUGGAUGGGACAAUGGAGCAUCCAUGUGAGCAGGAGAUAGAUGCAAUUCGUGUCCACUGUUCUUUGCCACCCCAUUCACAUGCAGUUUUCUCAGUGCCCCGUGAGGACAGAAUUCUGGUGGACUCACAAAGCACUGGAGUUCAGUGAGACAAAGCAAGGAAGUACAAGGUGUGAAUGCAUUUACAACUGAAUAAGGGGGGGUGCUGACAGCUCUGAGAGGCCAUGUUUCCAUUGGAACCAGAACUUGCUUCAAACGCAGAAAGAAGGCAUUUUAGGAAACACAAAAGAUCAAGGAACCCUAUCACGUCCUUUCUUGUGUUACUUCCCCUUAUUAGUCAACCACCUGCAUGCAUGCUAAGUCUCUUCAGUUGUGUCCGACUCUGCAACCUCAUUGACCGUAGCUUGCCAGGCCCCUCUG